AUGAUCCACCCAAGUGCCAUUAUUCUCAACCAUGAGUGCCAGUGAAGCGUUUACAGUGAAUAGUGCAAAAAUUUCACUCUAUUGUUGCUCUUUACUGCUUUUUGUGUUACUAUGUUUCAAUCUACCGACGGCAGUCGAUGCGGAUGUUGCGGUCGUGGAACCGGAACCUCCCAGCAGGCCUCGACAAACGGGCGAGGUGGGAUUAUAUCAGAGCGAGGAAAAGAACAGUCAGGACGUCAAAGAUGCGUUCAUGGAACAAUUGGCCAAUGAACUGAAAGGUCGAGUGCUGAAGGUUACCACGCUGGAGGAUUGGCCCCUGAGCUACACCGAGCGUCAAAAUGGAACCCUAGUUGGACGUGGCGUGGCCUUCGAGUUGCUCGAGUUCCUCAUGGAAAAGUUCAAGUUCAACUACACCCUGGUCAUGCCGGAGCACAACAUUGUCGGUUCGAGCAACGACAUGGACGGCAGUAUAAUCGAACUGUUGGCCAACGAAAAAGCGGACAUUGCCGUAGCAUUCCUGCCCAUCUUGGCGGACGCCCGGAGGCACAUUCUCUAUUCGGCCGGGCUGGACGAAGGCGAAUGGAUGAUGAUAAUGGUCCGUCCGAUGGAAUCGGCCAGUGGAUCCGGUCUGCUAGCUCCCUUCAACAGGGAUGUGUGGAUCUUGAUACUCGUGUCGCUUCUGGCCGUCGGUCCGAUCAUCUACGGUAUGCUGAUUGUGCGAUACAAAAUGACCAAGGAUAAGGAACAGGUCCUGUACCCAUUGCCCCACUGUAUUUGGUUUGUCUACGGUGCGCUGAUGAAACAGGGCAGUACCCUGUCACCGACGGGAGAUUCCACAAGAAUCCUGUUCGCCAGCUGGUGGAUAUUCAUAACCAUCCUCACCUCGUUCUACACGGCCAACCUGACUGCUUUCCUGACGCUAUCCAAGUUCACCUUGCCCAUCAACAAUGCCGAAGAUGUCCGACGCAAGGAGAAGCAAUUUGUCACCAUCCGUGGAAACGCCAUCGAGUACGCCAUCAAGAACAGUGACGAAGCCUUGAAUUCGUUGAGCGUUUUGGUGGACAAACAUUUGGUGGAGUUCACCACCAAUCUGAACGACAGUGACAUUCUCAUGACUACAGUGACCAAGAAAAACUACGUCUACGUUCGCGAUCGACCGGCCAUCGAACACCUGGUGUACAAGGACUACCUGGUCCGCCGCAAAGUGAACCCGAUCAACGAACGCAGCCAUUGCCCCUUCGCUACGGCGACGACGCCUUUCCUGAAGCGGGUUCGCGCAUUUGCCUAUCCCAAUACCACCCGUUGGAACACGCUGUUCGAUCCUCAGCUGCUCAAUAUGGUCGAAGGAGGUCUUGUUAAAUUCAAACUGCUGGAAAACCUACCGAAGGCCGAAAUUUGCCCGCAGAACUUGGGCGGUACUGAACGUCAGCUGAAGAAUCGGGACUUGGUCAUGACGUACUUGGUGAUGUUGACUGGUUUUGCUACCGCGAUUGCCGUAUUCCUCUCGGAGAUGUUCUUCCGAGUGCUGAACGAACGCAAACUGAACAAGGAACAGUUAACGAACCCUCAGCUACCGAGCGAAAGGAUUACCUACCUGAACAAAGCGAUCGGCUACGGAGAUUCGCCUCCGCCGCCUUAUACCGAAAUCUUCAGCCGGCAUACCAGCGGCGGAAGUCUGUUCGGAAGCAACAUCGAUAGCGAUAGCACCUCGCGUAAAAUGAUCAACGGUCGGGAUUACAUGGUGGUCAAGGAGAAGAACGGUAUCGGCUCGCAGCUGAUUCCGAUUCGGGCUCCGUCGGCUGCGAUUUUUCAGUAUACUUACACCAAUUAGAGAAAGGUAAUCAUUAUUUAGUAAUGUGUUUUACAGCACAAAAUUG